AUGCAUCUUUCCACACUGUUUCUAACGUUUCUGACCCUCUCACCUACCCUCUCCCAACCAACAUCACCCAUAUCCGUCACCCAACUCUUCAAUUUCACCACCUCCACCGACAUUGAAAAUGGCGCCAUCGACCCUGUCACCAACACUAUGCUCAUUACCACUUUCACCGACGCCCGUCUCUACGCCCUCGACCUCAAUGACCCCCACCCCACCGCCAACCUCUUGACCUCCUUCUACCCCAACGCCACCGCCAUCACCGGUAUAGCCCCCAUCGGCCACGGCAAGUACGCCAUCACCGGUGGUGUUCGUGGCUCCUAUCACUACUACAAUGAAACUAUCUACACCAUCGACUUUGGGGCCUACGCCGCCAACAUCACUGCUUCCCCGGUCACCAAAGCAGUGGCGCAUCUUCCGCAGGCUAUCAUGCUAAAUGGUCUCGCUUCCCUCCCACGCCAUCCCACCACUGUCUUAGCAGCGGAUUCCCGUGUAGGAUGUAUAUUCCGCAUCGACACGCUGACCGGAACCUCGGACAUCGUUAUCGAAAGCGAUGCAUUGUCAGCUCCGGCGAAUGGAUCAUCAGAGAUCGGGAUCAAUGGAUUGAAGACGCACGGGGAAUAUGCGUACUAUACUAAUACUGCACUGAAGACCUUUGGAAGAGUAAAGAUUACCGAUGAUGGUAUUGCAGUGCCUGGGAAAAAUGGCAAGGUUGAAGCGGAGGUUCUUGCUACGUUGAACUCCGGGUUGGAGGAAUAUCAGUGGGAUGACUUUGAUUUUGAUGAGGAGGGAACAGUCUAUGUGGCUAUGGGAGGUCCGAAUGGGAGUGCGAUCGGCACAAUUAGUCCUGAUGGUGAUGUUGAGGUGUUGUUUACAAAGGUGGUUCGUGGGCCCACUUCGGUGCAUGUUGUUGAAAAGGAGGGGAUGAGGAAGAAGUUGUAUAUCACUACGAAUAGUGGCGGUGGGCAGGUUGUGGAGGCGGUGCUCUGAUGGAGGCUGUUAUUUAUAGUUCCAUUUAGAGUGGAUUAACUUUGUGGUCGACUGUGAAUGUAUGAGAUGGAAAUGAAG